AUGUAUCCUCAACAUGGUGCCCCUAUGGCGCCUCCCCAGAAGCCGGAGACUUUCAUGCUCUCAAACGAAGCCCAGCAAAGCCUUCCUCAUGAUGCGCAAGUCGCACUGCAGCAGGUUGACAAUCUCAAAUAUUUCCUUCUCUCAGCGCCCGUAGACUGGCAUACGGAUCAACUCAUUCGCAGGUUCCUGCUCCCGACAGGCGACUACAUAUCAUGUGUUCUCUGGAAUAACCUCUUCCACAUCUCGGGUACGGAUAUCGUGAGAUGUCUGGCCUUUCGAUUCCAAGCCUUCGGUCGCCCGGUCAAAAACUCGAAGAAGUUCGAGGAGGGUAUCUUCUCGGAUUUGCGGAACCUCAAGGCCGGAACUGAUGCCACGCUCGAAGAACCCAAGAGCCCAUUCCUCGACUUCCUGUACAAGAACAACUGCAUUCGCACUCAGAAGAAACAGAAGGUAUUCUAUUGGUACAGCGUGCCUCACGACCGCCUUUUCCUCGAUGCGUUGGAGCGUGAUCUGAAGCGCGAGAAGAUGGGCCAGGAGGCGACCACAGUUGCAGUCAGCGAGCCUGCUCUGUCUUUCGAGUUUGAUUCAUCGCAGUCCUUGUAUGAACAGCUCACAAAGGCACAACAAGCGAAUUCAUCAUCAUUUGCUGCUCACGCAAGUACGACAUAUGGCCAACCUGCAUCCCCAGUGGUUCGGACCGUUGACGCUAUGCCUCCUCCUCAGAUGGCUCCCCAAAUGGCUCCCCCGGCGCUACCCCUUCUCCCGGACGAGUCCGGCAACCCGGCGAUGUACAACCCGAUCCCCAUGCCUACGACUCUAGCCCAAAACGUUAUUAAACGUGAAGCAGAGUAUGGGCAGAUCCAGUACGAUCGCAACGGAAUGCCGAUUGCUCGCAUCCACCAGCGUCAUGCCUCAAUGCCAACCUUCGUCGAAUACUCCCCGGCUCCGUCCUUCGUGUCCUCGCAGUACGAGGAUUAUUCCAAUCGGGGUCUAUCGUUUGAACCAGUCACGCCUCCGCAGCACGGUCACCUUGGCGCCGAACCAGCCUACAUCGCCAACGAAGAUACCGGUCUCUACACCGCUAUCCCUGAUAUCUCCUCGGCAGCACCUUUCCAUCCGAUGAUGCAGCUUCCUCCUUCGAAUUUCACAAGUGCUCACUUCCCGACCCCGGCUAGAUCCUUCCCCUCAAAUGUCUAUUCCAUGCUAGAGGGCUCACCGACAUACAAGCAGCGUCGGCGGCGGUCCUCUAUCCCUCCAGGCGUCACCAGUGCUGCUGCUACUAUGCACCCGCAGGUUACGGCCCCGCAACCCCAAGCUGUCACUUAUGCCGCCCAUCGGCCAAGUGACCUUCGGCGGUCUGUGUCCAGCUCCGUGGCCCCUAUUCCAGAGGCAGCAGAUGAUUCGCAUCACGACAUCCACCGGUCCCUCAGUGGUUAUCGUGCGGCGCAUCUUCCACAGAAGAACUUGUUACAUGAGAUGUCGCGCCAUAGCACUCCCUUGUCGAGCUUGGAUGAAACUCCCGAGUCGCAUGUCAUGCAUCCCACGAAUGGUACAGAUGAACUUGCUCCUCUUCCAGACGGCGAGUCGCUCGACAUUCCCGCCCAGCACAGUGCGGGAAGCAAAGUCGAACGAUAUGCCCCUGGGCCUGUUCGCCGGGCUCGGAGCGCUACCAUGAUGGAACUUGGCCCCUAUCCACAGAAAUCGCACUCUUGUCCGAUCCCAUCAUGUGGACGGCUGUUCAAGAGACUAGAACAUCUGAAGAGACAUGUGAGGACUCACACUCAAGAGCGACCUUAUCCCUGUCCCUACUGCAAUAAGGCCUUUUCCCGGUCGGACAACCUUGCACAACACCGUCGUAUUCAUGAGGCUCAGCAAGAUGGUCAGCCGCCAGUCUCUGUGCCGGAUGAUGACCUUGAGAACGAGGAGAACGGAUUUGGCUCCCAAGACGAGGGAUCCUCGCCGUCCGACUCGAUGCCAAGUGCUGUCGUCUCUAGUGUGACCACAAUGCCAUCUGCAAUGACCUUGCCGGCUUCUAUGCCCAGCAUGAUGGCUCCUCAUAUGAUCGCGCCCCAACUCUUGCAACAACAGAUCUGA